CUACACCCUCAAGCGUUCAAGUGGUGCUUUGGACUCCGGGGUUAUUUAUAGCGAUCUGGCUCACAGAAGUGCUUCCUGCCCUAUUCAGCAAAUGUUCACGUGGGCACCCCAGAGCCAAGGCGCAAACGCUAUGCUGUGAUGAGGACAGAUUCAUCGGAGAUGACUGAUGUGGAGUCUGUGAUCAGCAGCUUUGCAUCCUCAGCAAGGGCAGGCCGACGCAAUGCCUUACCUGACAUCCAGAGUUCCGCUGCUACAGGUGGAUCCUCUGAUCUUCCACUGAAGCUGGAGGCAUUGUCCAUGAAGGAAGAUGUUAAAAAGAAGAGUGAAGAGAAAGCACAAGACCAACUGAAAAAGUCCCUAAAUGACGAAAAAUGAAGACUUACAAUUUAUCCAGGGUGUUGAUUUUAUGUACAUCGGGAGACAUAGUGGCUAUGCACUCCUGAAGUGUUUGAUCUGGUAGUAGCCGUGGUAAUGUGUGCGUUUUAGGUAAUUUUGUUGUGCUGCUCUGUCCUUAAACCGCAACCAUGAUACCCAAAUAGGUUAUUAAAAGGUAUUACAUUCAAAUUGCACCCAAGGAAGAACACACUGUUUAUACAUCCAACGAAGUCCACUGUCUGUCUUGGGAUUUACUUAGUCAGAUGCGUGUUUAACUAUGUUCUUAUUGAUAUGCAUAAACCAAAACCUAUUGAUUUAAUACUUUGCAGAAUUUGUAGGAGAUUAUAUUUUUAGUGAGAUGGUAUUAAUAGUAAAAAAAAAUCACAGGAAUAAAAUGUGUUUAUUUUUAAUCAAAACUACACCAUAUUUUCCCCAAAAGUUAAGAAAGAUCUUCAAAUAUUGUAAAAGUUGUCACAACAUAAAUAUCUCUA